AUGAAAUACCUCAGUGCAAGCCAGAGGCACGAAUUGGCGGGCGACUAUUUCGCCCCCGAGGGCCUGUAUGAGUAUACCAAGACUCUGCCAUUUGUUGGUCGAGUGAAAAGCGAUGUGACAUCUAUCGUCGCUGGCGAAUGGACAGAAAUAAUACUGGACUAUGAAGUUGGUGCAUCAGGCCUUGCAGAUGGGGCAUGGAUCAAGGCGACCUUCAAGUUCUACUCUGACUGGGCGCUGUUUCAGACGUCAGAUCCCACAAAAGACAACUACAUCACCGCUGAAUACGUACCGAACAGGCUGUUCCCGGGGCAGGCCCCGGCCACGGUGCACUCGCUGGGAAUCCGGUUUGACCAGAAGGGCCAUGAGAGGCCGUUCCAGAAGGCUGUCAUUGUCGACAUUCAUGAUGGUUAUCUGAAUCCUGGAGAUCGCAUUUUGAUUCGCCUCGGUGAUCGCCGAUUCGGAAGCAGAGGGACACGAGCGCAGACGUUCGUUGAGAAGGACUUUCGCUGGAGGUUCUAUAUUGACCCUGUUGGAACCUCCCGAUUUGCGCCUAUCCAGCCUGACAUAUCCUGGAAUAUUACCGCGGGUCCUGUUCAUCGCGUUCAAGCUGUGUCACCGAGGAUCCUCAGGCCUAAUGUUCCAUUCGCGAUCCAUACGCACGCAGAGGAUCUGUGGGGGAACAUAACGAGCGACUUGUCGGAUCAUUUAUUCAACCUGCAAGUUUUAGCUGAAGAUUCAACGAUAAUUAUCGACAGAAAUGGCCCCGUUGCAUCGCAAGGCUGGACGAAUGCUGUGUUCUCCGAUCUUACCCUGGAAGGUGACGGUGACUAUAGGGUGCAAGUCACAUUGAAGGCUCAAGGUGGGACAGCUGUUGCAACCAGCUACUCUAGCCUCAGCGUGUCCUCUGACCUGUUGGUUCCGAAAAUCCUCUUCGGUGAUCUCCAUGUCCACUCGGACGACACCGUCGGCACCGAAUCAUCCAGCUACAACUUCUCCUACGGCCGUGAGAUCGCCGGACUCGACGUCCUCGGAUACACGGCAAACGACUUCCAAAUCACCAAAGACCGGUGGGACGCCACAACCGAACUCAUACAAUCCCUCAACGAGCCCGACAAGUUUGUGAUCUUCCCAGGCACAGAAUGGUGCGGGAACUCUGCUGCAGGAGGCGAUCACAACGUCGUCUUCCUGGGUGAUCCAGAGCUCCAGCCGCCCGAGUUCCCGUUUGACAGACAUGGCAAUGUCGCUCGCUCGUUUGAGUGGUCCGAGCAUGGCCCUAAGGACCUUGUUCCCGGCACUUGGCCGCUGGACGAAGUAUACUCCACGUACGCGAGGGAUGCAGACUCACACCUUCUGAUCCCGCAUGUUGGCGGUCGUCGGUGUAACCUUUCCUGGCAUCAUCCGAAGCUGGAACGGCUGGUGGAAAUCGGCAGUGCCUGGGGUCAAUUCGAAUGGCUUCUGCGCGAUGCCGUGAGGAGGGGGUGGAGGCUUGGUGUCUGUGCGAACUCCGAUGAACAUCGUGGUCGAUGUGGAGGUGGAGUUCCAGGCACAGCCGUCUUUGGGGCCCGGGGUGGUCUGACUGGGAUUUUGGCUCCUCGACUCCAACGUCAGGAUGUGGCUAAUUCCUUGCGGGACAGACAGACGUUUGCGACUACAGGCCAACGACUCGUCGGGCUUGUUUCGACUAAAGACGGGUCUGUCGUGCAGGGGAACGAAACCCAAGUCCCGAUAAACAAGCCCGUAGAGUUGAUCUAUCACUUCCUAGGCGAGAAGGGCUUUUCGUCAAUCGAAGCCUUCGAUGCCACAGGUCUGAUCUGGAGUCGCCACUUUUGGUCUGAAUCCAAUGAACCAGCAAAGAUAUUAAGAGUUACAUGGGGUGGGGCGAGACUUUACGACCGAUACCGAGAAGCUAUAUGGAAUGGACAGAUUACGCUUUCGGAAGAUGUGCGGCCGGGGAGAAUUGUUCCAUUUGGGGGACUCGAGGAUAACCCGGAAGACUAUGUCCGAGUAAAUGAUAACCACAAUGUGGAAUUCUCAAGCAAAACAAGCGGGGACCUGGACGGUGUAAAUGUUAUUUUGCAGGACGACAGGAAACCGGCCACUGUGACUGUUUCUGGAUCGCUCGGCGGGUAUGUAAAGGUUGGUGAUGCGCUUGCUGGAAACCCGCAUAAGCCUCAGCCGACGUUUACUAUUGAGGCAUCCUGGGAGGAAGCCCUGAAGCCUGGAGGCAAGGUAAUUGAAAUACUGGGCGGUGCUGAGUUGUUUGUUCGUAUUGAGGCGAUCCCUGACGUGGAAUUGCCACGGCGAGUCCAAGGAGGUGUGACGAUUGAGGGUCAGACAGAAGGAACUCGCGCUGUCUACUUCGUGGGUCGAGAAUGGAGCGGAGAGAAGGUUGUUACAAGUCCGAUUUUCGUGUCAUUUAUCUAG